UGGUUCGGGGCGGCGGUCGCUGGCCAUGGGGCUCGGGGCGGCAGCCGGGGCCCUGCUGGUGGCACUGGGGGUGCUGGGAGCCCCCCCGGGUGCGGGCGCGGAGCUCUCGGGUGAGGUGUUCCAGCUCCUGCCAACGUACGAGUGUCACUUCAUUAACGGCACGGAGAAGGUGAGGUACGUGCAUAGGUGCGUCUACAAUCGGAAGCAGAACUUGAUGUUCGACAGCGACGUGGGGCACUACGUGGGGUUCACCCCCUAUGGGGAGAUACGGGCCCGGUACUGGAACAGCAACCCGGUCGUACUGGAUCGCAAAAGGACUGCGGUGGACUGGUUCUGCCGGGGGUGGUACGAGAAGCUUACCCCGUUCAUCACGGAGCGCCGAGUGCCCCCCAGCGUGUCCAUCUCGCUGGUGCCCCCCUCGAGCUCCCAGCCCGGCCCCGGCCGCCUGCUCUGCUCCGUGAUGGAUUUCUACCCUGCUGCCAUCCAGGUGAGGUGGUUCCAGGGCCAGCAGGAGCUGUCGGAGCACGUGGUGGCCACGGACGUGGUGGCCAACGGGGACUGGAGCUACCAGCUGCUGGUGCUGCUGGAAACGCCGCCCCGGCGCGGGUUGAGCUACAGCUGCCAGGUGGAGCACGUCAGCCUGGAGCAGCCGCUGAGGCGGCACUGGGAGAUGGCGCCGGACGCCGGCCGCAGCAAGAUGCUGACGGGCAUCGGGGGCUUGGUCUUGGGCUCGGUCUUCGUGGCGCUGGGGCUCGGCUUCUACGUGCGCAAGAAGGUGAGGGCGGGUGCCGGGGGCGGCGUGGCCGCCGUGGCGGAGCCCCCUCAGAGGGACAAAGGGAUCCGAACAAGAAAUUCCAGCGAUUCCCAGAACCGGGACCUUCACAAAACCCCACCUUGCCCCCCCAAAAUCGGGGGCGGGAGCAGGGUCGGGGCCAGCAGCGGCAGCAGCCGGGGGAGGCUCCGCGCUCCGUCCGUGGCGCUCCGGGCACACCGGGCAGGGUCGGUGCUGCUGCCAGGAACGCGGAUCCGAACUGGGGGCACUGAGAACGGGGGAGCAGCAGCCCAAAAAGCGCUCAGGCAAUGGGAGAGCGGAGUUGAUUGA